GGAUGCCAGCUGUCUUCCGUUCAUUCUCCCUUUCACACGUUUCUGUCAAUUUCUUACUCUCUCGCUGUGUUGCCAUUUCUCCCGUGUCCCCUUUUCUACGUGCUUCCCCAUCUCUUUGUCUGUUAUCUUUAGAACCUAAGGCUUAGAUGUGGUAGGUUCUCUGUUUUCACUCCGAGUGUCCGCCUGUCAACCUACAGCAGGAGCCUGAUGCCUGACUGGCCAGCUUCGUUUACUAAAGCUUCUCUCGUCAAGGGAGGGAACUCCACCCAUGCUCAUGGACAGCAUUUGUGGAAAAACACGCACCUCCGGCCCUGACCAGGUUUGCGGUGGUGUCCUGCGCGCUCACGGCGUCGGCAUUUAGCCCGCAGACUGUGGCGUUCCCUGCGCUCACGUUGAGUGUGUGAGGAAGAGGGACCUCGCGCCAGGAGGGGUUACGUGUAUACAAAGGAUGGGCAGCACGUUUAUGAGUAGACUUUUGCUCCCGCUGACUUUUGAAGAUGUGGCCGUUUAUUUCUCUGAGCAAGAGUGGCAGUAUUUGGAAGCGUGGCAGAAGGAACUUUACAAGCAAGUCAUGAGAGCCAAUUAUGAGACUCUUGUCUCUCUAGAUAAUGGACUUCCAAAACCAGAACUGAUAUCCUGGCUUGAACUCAGGAGAGAGCUCUUCGGCACCUUGGGAGAAGAGCAGAAGCUAGGGAAAGGGGUUCGCUCCUCUAUAGAUGACGUGCACCUUCAUCCAGCCAUCGAGGAACAGCUGUUUGAGAGUAGCCAGCAAGCUGUGAAACCAAGAGGAACCACAUGCCACCUCCAGUUAAAUCCUCUAGAGAGUCAGCAUUCCUUUGGGCUUGUUUUAGUAGAAAAGGAAGAUGUUUCCUUCAGGCAAGACCAGGGUGUCAAUCUUGUAGAUGCACAAAUACGCAGCCUUGGGGCUCUAGUUUCAACAGUGCACAGUUCCAAUGAGGCUGCCCAAAGAGAAGCACUCCUGAGUCACAGAACCCCAGAUCUCUCUGGCUUGCAGAAAGACCCCUCUCGGCCGAGCACCCAACACUCCUGUCCUGUCUGUGGGGAAAACUCUUGGGAGAAGAACCACUUAGUGAAGCGUCAAAAGGGCCACCCCAAGGACCCAUCACACGGGGUCUGGAAGGAGCUCGGCAGUCAGGCUGAUGCCCAACAGCCGUGGAGCUUCUCAUGUCCUAAACGCGGGAGUAGCUUCAGCCCGAAGCAACAUUUGGUGGGACAUCUAGAUGCUCACACAAGGAAGACCCCACCUCAGCGCCCCACAUGCAAUGUGUACUUCCGCCGUGAACACGCCCUUCUCAGCCACCAUCUCAAGCACAAUUCUUCCCAGCGCCCUAAAUGUGACGAGAGCUUCCCAACGGGCAGCAAUGUUCACCAAUGCCAGCAGAGCCAAGAGAGGCCAGCCUCCUGGAGGGAAGACACCAGUGUGCCCUCGGGACAAGAGCCAGAUCCCAGCCCGGCGGACUAUGAGGGCUGCUGCCACGAGGGUGGCAAGCCGAAGAAGGCCCCGCGGUGUAGCUGUUGUCUAGGUAAGGGCAAGCCCUGCUCAUGCGCAGGAUGUGGCAGUUGCUUCCUCUCACAGUCUAAGCAGGCCAGCCUCUGCAGGGCACACACAGGAGAAAACUCCUUCCGGCGUCCAGACGGCAACGAGUGCCUGCAGAAUGUCCGCGGGCGCGUGCAUAGCGGGGAAAGUCCGGGCUCCACCCAACGUUGCAAACUCACAGAGCAUACCCAACACCUCAGCCGGGUGAAAUCAUCCUGGUGUGCCCAACGCGGAGGGAACUUCGGCCAAAGGGAACUGAGGCACCAGCAGCUUCCCCCAGAGGGGAAGCCCUUCCGGUGCACAGCUCGUGAGUCGCGCUUCCGUCCGCAAGGCAGCUUGAGAACCCACCAAGCGCGACGCGGGCCGUUCUCCUGCAGCGAGUGUGGCCGAGCCUUCGCCCACCCGUGCAAGCUCCGCGAGCAUCUCAGAGUGCACAGCGGGGAGAGGCCCUUCCGGUGCCCCGAGUGCCCCAAGAGCUUCCGCCUGAAGGGCGUCCUGAAGGCCCACCAGCGCACCCACAGCCAGGAGAGGCCGUUCUCCUGCGGGGAGUGCGGCAGGGGCUUCACCAGGCGCUCCAAGCUCACGGAGCACUUCCGCGUGCACAGCGGGGAGAGGCCCUUCCGGUGCCCGGAGUGCGGCAGGGGCUUCCGCCUGAAGGGGCAGCUGCUCAGCCACCAGCGCGUGCACACCGGGGAGAGGCCCUUCCGGUGCCCGGAGUGCGGCAGGGGCUACCGCGUGAAGGCCGACAUGAAGGCCCACCAGCUGCGGCACGGCGGGCCGAUGCCCUUCUCCUGCCGCUGCGGGAAGGGCUUCGCCAAGCAGUCCAAGCUCACGGAGCACGCGAGGACACACACCGGGGAGAAGCCUUUCCAGUGUCCCCAGUGCGACAAGAGGUUCCGGCUGAAGGCUCAGCUGCUCAGCCACCAGGGCCUGCACACGGGCCAGAGACCUUUCCGCUGCCCUGAAUGCGGCAAAAACUUCCGGGAAAGGGGUCACAUGCUGAGGCACCAGCGCAUCCACAGGCCCGAGAGGCCCUUUGCCUGUGGGCACUGCGGGAAGGGUUUCAUUUAUAAGUCCAAACUAGCCGAGCACGCCAGAGUGCACGCGAAAUCCGGCCAGGUUCCCCGUGAUGCCAGCAUCAAGGAGAGGCUUGGCCAACUGUUUGCAAUGAUAGAGGCUGACUGGAGUUGAGGUGGGCGGGCGGGACAUGGAAGCUGUGAGCAGAGCUCAACGGCCAGGGUAGUCUGAAGAAUGGUGGCUAACCACUGGCAAACAGGCUUUAGGGGAAAAAAAGGGGGUUCUACACUGAUCUAAAAAAAGUACAAAUUAAAAAUGGGAAGCUGCGGGGAAUUUUCAUUUGAAAUACCACUAAUUAUAGGUAAAAAAGAGGUAUUUGUCCUUCCAACUGAUCUGAGUGCCUUUCACCCAAAUGCAGUUAGCUCGAAAGUUCUGUCUUACACCAGGAGGGAAUCCCUCCGGUACCACCGUCAAAGCUAAAAAAGGAGUCUGUUCAAUAUCAAAUCUACUCUUCUGUUCUCUUCAGAGUAUGGUUGUAGACGGUUAAACCCAGCAAAUUUUAUUUCUGUUGUGACACACUUUUAGAUUUGCUUUGGAUUCUUUUAUUUUGAAAUCGAUGGCAGUAAGGUGAUUUCCUGUGAAUGCUGAAGUUUCUCAUCAGGGUGCUCGGUGAUUACCGAGUUGAAGAAACAAAAAAAGCAAAGAUGUUGAGACGUUUGGACACAGAUCAGGGGUUGAGUUGGUCGAUAGAGAUUUGGGAGUUCCAGAGUGGAGAUGCUAUUUGGAACAAAAGUGAAUUUCUCAGCCGGGUAUUGGUGGCAAACGCCUUUGAACCCAGCACUCGGGAGGCAGAGGCAGGUGGAUCUCUGUGAGUUCGAGGCCAGCCUGGUCUACAUAGCUAGUUCCAGGACAGCCUCCAAAGCAAUACAGAGAAACCCUGUCUUGAAAAACAAACAAACAAAAAAAGUGAUAUUCUUAAGAAUGAAUGAAUAUUUAAGCAACUGACUAAAGUAUACGAAGAAGACAAAACAGGUAUCAUGAUAUAUGAAUGACUUAUACUCUCAAAUCUUUUAAAACUAUAGAGAUCAGAAAGGGUUUCUUUUAAAGUUAAUUUUAAACUCUAAUGUUACAGAGAAGGAAACAAAAGCUACCAUAAAGUCUCCCCCACAGCUUCAAGCCCAGUUGGUGACUGUGUUGCAGUUCCCCCAUCCUACCUGCCCAACAGAUUCUCACUAUGAAGUCCUGACUGGCCUGGGAUUCACUAUGUAGACCAGUCUGGCCUCAACUCAUAUAUAUAUAUAUAUAUAUAUAUAUAUAUAUAUAUAUAUAUUGCCUCUGUCCCCAAAGUUCUGGGAUUAAAGGUGUGGGCUACCAUGUAGAGCUCACUGGACUUUUUAGAGAGAUCUCAUUCCAGGGCAGGGAUUUCUUGCACUGCACUUAAUUGAAAAAUCUAGAAAUCCAUGUGAUGUUCUGCGGAUAGUAAAUACCUCAAACCAGACCCGACCCCACUACCUAACUAGUUAAUUACAGAAGGGGAGAAAAAGAAGGCUUUUUUUCAAAUAUAAAAGAACGGCACAAGGGGGAAAAGAAUGGACACAACCAAAUGCUCGGUGUGAAAAAUCACAGGCACAGUUACCAGUAGCACCUUGGAUGAGACCAACAGGUGAAUAAGAAGGAAAUCUUGAGAUAAGGAAGAUAGGUCAAUGAUUAGUGAAUUGUGAUUUGGGAGACAAAGAGAUGUUUUAGGGACAAAAUGGAAACUUCUAUCGGCUUGGCUGCAAUUCCUUGCCUCACUCUUCAUCAAGACUGGUUUUUGUUAUUGUUUUUGUUCGUUUGUUUUUUGAGACAGGGUUUCUCUUUGUAGCUUUGUAGACCAGUCUGGCCUCGAAACCUGCACAGAGAUCCGCCUCCCAAGUGCUCGGAUUAAAGACGUGCACCACCACUGCCCGGCUGUUUUGUUUUUUAAAACUAAUUUAUGUGUGCAGGUACUUUACCUGCUUGUGUGUCUGUGGAUCAUGUGCAUGAAUGGUUCCCAGAGAAGCCAGAAUAGGGUGUGUACUACACUCUGGAUCUGGAGUUAGGGCUUGCUGUGAGCUGUCACGUGGGUGCCGGGAUUCAAACCCAGGACCUCUACAAGAGCAGCAAGUGUUCUUAACCGGUGAGCCAUUUCUCCAGUCCUCUUUAUUGGUUUAAUAUUUACUCAUCCUUCUGCGUGUGUUUGUGUAUGAGGGCCAGCGCACGUGCCAUGGUGCUUGGGUAGAGUUCAGAGGACAACCUUUGGUGUCCGGCCUAUUUUUUUUUUCUACCCUGUUUAGGAGGGGCCUCUUUUUGUUUGUCUCUGCGCUGGCUACUCCAAGUGAGUAGGCCCUUGAGCCUCGAGCUUCAGGAUCGAUCUGUCUCUGCCUUGUACCUCACAAUGGAAAUGCUGGGAUUACAGAUGUAUGUACCACGGUGUCCAGCAUUUUAUUUUAAAAUUAUGUAUUUAAUUAUUUAUUUAAUUGUAUGGGUCUAUUCAAUGAAUGCUUGUGCACCAUGAGGAUCCAAACUGAGAUCAUCUGCUGAACCAUCUGCCCAAUCCAGGAGUCUGGCCUCUAAUCCAAAAUGCUUCCUCAAAUAGCAUAAAAUAUUACAAAAUGUAUGCACUAUUGUGCUCUGAAAACUACUUUGGCACACAGGUUGUUUUUUUUUUUUAAUAAAUCUCAAAUGAAGAAAUAAAGUGGUAGAAGCUAAA